AUGGCCGAUAACGAGAACACCACUCCCGCCGAGGAGCACGACCCCCACUACGAACCCGUCAUCAAGCUCACCGAACAGGUCGCCGUCGUCACCGCCGAAGAGGACGAAGACGUCCUGCACAAAGUCCGAGCCAAGCUCUUCAGGUUCGACAAGGCCGCCGUCGAGUGGAAGGAGAGGGGAACGGGGGAUGUCAAGCUCUUGAAGGAUAGGAGUGGGGGAAAGGUCAGGGUGGUCAUGAGGAGGGAUAAGACGUUGAAGGUUUGCGCCAACUUUAUGAUCACCUCGGACAUGAAGCUCGCCCCGAACCUCGGAUCCGACCGAGCCUGGGUCUGGAACGUCUCGGCCGAUUACGCCGAGGCCGAGCCGACCGCGGAGACGUUUGCCAUCAGGUUUGCUAAUUCCGAGAACGCCCAGGCUUUCAAGGAAGCUUUCGAAAAGGCUCAAGAGGACAACUCGAAGGCCCCCAAGUCCGAGUCUGCCCCGGCCCCGGCUGCCGCUGAGGAGAAGAAGGAGGACAAGGAGGAGAAGACUGCUGCUGCUGCCGAGGCUGACAAGGGUGAGAAGGCCGCUUUGGAGAGCGAGACGGGUCAGGAGCCCGUCAAGCCCGAGCUCAGCUUGGAGGAAAAGGUCGUCAGCGCCAUCGAGUGA